AUGGAUGUAACCUUGCUAGAUGUCGGGAAGUAUUUAUGCGUCAAUCUAAGUAGGGGCUCUUUUGUGAUGGAGCAAGGUGACCUUCAUGUUGGAUGGGAAUUGGUUAGCCAGAGAUUAAAGGAUUUUCGAAAAUGCAUUGUGCUCCCAAUUGGUAGCAUAUCUACGGGACUUUGCCGACACCGUGCUAUUUUCUUCGAGGUGUCUUCUCUUGGCAUUUUUGAAAGAAUUGUUUGGAUUCCACAAGAUCUCGACCGUUUUAAGGGUCAUAACAUGUACGUAAAAUAUGUCACUGAAAUAGUAGAGACAGGGUUAUCAUCUGAACAUGAUGGAGUCUUCAAGCUCAUAUCUUUUGAUUCGGAAGCUAAUAAUUGCACAUGGGGACUAGAAAAUGUAAGGGUAAUUAGAGAAAAGGCCAGGAAAGGAAGGCCACUUGGCAAAAACAGAGAGAGUGGCGAAUGA